CUUGACUUGCCAAGGCACUUACACUUACCAUUUGUCACAAUAUAUAUCAAGAUACAACAUUUACCAACUAUAUUCACAACAUGGCGCCCGCACCAAUUCUUGAUUCCAUCGUUGACACGAUUGAGCCCAGGAAGGAGACCCUCCCUCUUCCGGAACCAGCACGUCAACGUCUCCUCAAAGCUGGAAUCGACCUGUCCAAGGGUUAUCCAUACCGCCCAUCUGUGCCUCUUUACCUUCAAGACGUUUACAAGAUUCGCGACGAGGAGCGACUUUACCAGGACGCAGGUGCUCGAGCUGACAAAUCAAAGAAGAACCUCUUCUCAGCAGCAACCAAGGUGACCGACUUGACCACACACAUCGGGACCGAGAUCGAGGGUCUUCAGCUCAAGGACCUCACCCCCCAGCAGCGCGAUGAGUUAGCCCUUCUUAUUGCCGAGCGGAGCGUCGUCUUCUUCCGUAACCAGGACCUCACUCCCCAGCAACAAAAGGAGCUGGGUGAGUGGUUCGGCGAGGUCGAAGUUCAUCCUCAGACUCCCCAAGUCCCUGGUGUCCCCGGCGUGACCGUUAUUUGGCCAGACCUCUUCACCCUGGAGAGACCGGCCGACUUCCGUCGUCCUGGCGGUGCCUCAAACUGGCACAGCGAUCUCGUUCAUGAACGGCAACCGGCGGGUAUCACCCACCUGCACAAUGAUACGGUACCUCCUACCGGCGGAGACACGCUUUGGGCGUCUGGUUACAGCGCUUAUGAGAAGCUUUCGCCUGAAUUUCGCAAGAUCAUCGAUGGCAAGUAUGCCGUGUACCGCUCUGCACACCCAUAUCUCGAUCGGCAGGACCCCAAUGCAGGACCCAAGUACAUCGAGCGCACGCAUCCGCUUGUGCGAGUUCAUCCGGCCACUGGGUGGAAAGCAUUGUGGGUGAAUCGAUCAAUGACGGUGCGAAUCGUGGGGCUCGAUAAGGCUGAGAGCGAUGUGAUUCUGAAUUACUUGUAUGAUGUCUACGAGAAGAACGUCGACAUACAAGUGCGCUUCAAGUGGACACCGGGGACGAGUGCGUUGUGGGACAAUAGGUCAGUAAUUUCUUGAUAGUGUUCAUGAGGUAUGGUAACUUACCACGAGUAAAACGUCCCAGAGUUACCAUUCACAACGCCAGCUGGGACUAUGGUGGCAGGCACCCCCGUCACGGAACCCGAGUGACGUCUUUGGCUGAGGUCCCUUACUACGAUCCAAACGCCCCAACACGGCGCCAAGCGCUGGGGCUGCUGGAUGAU